AUCAUUCAGGACCAGUAUGUUGACUUUUUAAAACUUUUUGCUUCAAUAGACCAAGAAUAUGAUCACAACAAGAAGGCAAAAGAGCUUAUGGCAGGAUAUGCUAUUAUCAGAAAGAAUAUUUCAUCUGCCAAGAAGCCUCUCAGAUCAGAAUCUGACUGGUGCAGAGUGUAUAAUACCUGGACUAGAGAUGUUCAGAUUCUUUAUCUGCACUAUGAGGCUGAACUCAAAGUUUACUAA